AUGACGUGGGGUUGGAGGAAGAUUUUAUCUAUUCGGAAUGCGGUUCGGCCGUUCUUUUGGAGCAUUAUUCGGAGUGGUAUGCAAACGAAUGCGUGGAGUGAUAAUUGGUGUCAUUUGAGUCCUCUUAGGUCUUUUAUAACACCAAGACAUAUUGCGAACGCGGGUUUUAAUCUUCAAUCUACGGUGGCAGAGUUACUUGAUGAGAAUGGGCAAUGGAAAUGGCCCCAAGCAUGGUAUGAUAUUUACCCGGUUCUGAUUGGGUUAACUGUUAAUCAACAGAACCCCCAGUUAGCGGAUCGAAUGGUUUGGAAGGACUUGGAGGGUCAUGAUCAGCACUUUAGCUCAUUGGAAGUGUGGCACACCUUACGGACACGUGACAGUCCAGUUAAGUGGGCUAGCAUGAUUUGGUUUAGUCAAUGUAUCCCGAGACACUCAUUCCAUCUAUGGUUGGUGAUUAAAAACAAGCUCAAGACACAAGAUCGGUUGGCGGUUUGGGAAGCGGGCAGCGAAACAAACCGAAGACUCAUGUGUUGUCCCCUUUGUAAGCAUGGUACGGAUUCUAGAGAUCACUUAUUUUUCGUAUGUAGUUUUGCUUCACAAGUCUGGUCAAACAUAAAGAUGCUGGUAGAUAUGGAUAAUGUUAAUGACUCGUGGAUCUCUAUUGCGGAUUGGAUAGAACACAACUCGGAAUCCAAAAGUUUGAAGCACAUCAUGUGUAAACUAGUGCUAGCGGCGUCAUCUUACUACAUAUGGCAAGAGCGGAAUAAUCGGCUUUUCACGUCUAUGGAGUGUACGGCUAAACAGGUGACCGAGAAAAUCAAAAGCAUUGUCCGACUUCGGCUAAUGGGCUUCGAACAUAGGGGUGAUGUGGAUUAUCGACGGACUCUUACAAAGUGGCAGAUCCUAUGUAGGGCAUCGGAUGAAGACCCAGGCUAA